AUGAAGAAGCUGAUGCAGCUGCGUGCAAGGGCGAAUGGCAACAAAUUCAUUUUCACGAUUGUCAUCCGGACUGACUUUGAGGCCUCGGUUUCGAUUCAUCGUGGCUCGAACCUCGUCGAAACAAAAAUACAGCCCAUUAUGAACAAAAAGAUAACAUGGAACGAGACUUUUGAAAUUCUAUGCACACUUUACAGGACUAAGGAGGGCGACUUCCAAGAAAAGAUCGCAAAGAUCCAGCUGAGGGGAUCUCAUGAAUCAUACAGCACAGAACAGUUUGAUUUGACAAAAGCUGCGAGCACAACCUUCGAAGGGAAGGAGCAGGAGCCUAGCUUUCCGGGACUUCGGGGAACGACGAGAUACAAGGCUACAACUGGUAAUUCUGUGUCCAGGGACUCACUGGAAAUCGAGGAGGAAGAGACAAACUCGCCUUUCACACCCGAUGAGUCAGCGAUCGAAGUAGUUCAGAACCUUCGAGAGCCAGUCAAGGUCCUCCUGAAUCCCAGAGAGAUGAGGGAGCUGAAGAAGUCAGAAACACUUCAUGAAGCGGAUGAGGCCAUCGCGAAAACAAAGAUGCAUCAUCAUUAUGAAGAGAUAGACCAUCUCAAAGGCAUGAUAGAGAAGUGCAAGGCCGAGAUCUACCACCGAGACAAGAUCAUACAGGGCCUUCAACUGAGCGAGUAUAACCUCCGAUUGCAAGUGGCCUCGCUCAACUCUCGCAUGAGUGAAACGGCGAGGCAAGAAAACGGGGCAUCCGAAACAAACCUCUCUCACGACAUACAGGAGGCAAUUGCAAGUGAGACUGAACGUCUUACACUUGCGUAUCUGCCUGUGAUCAGGGACCUCAUGAAAGAGCUUGAGGAUACAAGAUUUCACCAGCAGUAUCGAUGA